AUGCCCAAGAACGCUCACCCACCCCGCGGCAAGCCCGCCAAGAAGACUUUGCCCCCUGAGGAGGAUACAUCAUUCAUUGUUUUCGGUGACGCCAAACCCAAGAAGAAGAAGGGCGAGAGUUCUGGUGGAGACGCUGCCCAGAGCGAGAGUAAGGGCAAAGGAAAGCCCGCAGCCGAGGAUGGCCCCAAGAAGCCGGAUACAAGGACGCUCAUCGCCGGCGCAUCGUGGACAGGAAAGCUCCCGGUCAACCUCCUGUCGGAACACUUCCAGAAACAGCAGUGGAGCAAGCCUGACUAUCGCAUCCGGAAAGAUGGCGACCAGCAUUUUGCCUACGCUGUGGUACUCUCCAAGAUGAACCAGAAAACACGGCAGACCACCACCCUACCUCCCAUCAAGAUCCCGUCGGAGCUCGAAGAGCAAGCACAUCAGCCUACUGCCGUCGAAGCGCGCAACUUUGCCGCCGCCUAUACUCUCUUCCGAGUCGCCAGCGGGAAGAACCUCCACACCAUGCUUCCGCCCACGUAUAAAGACCUUUGGAAGGGACAAUUCAUGGACCUCAAGAAGAGGGAUGAACAAGAGGGCAAAGGAUGGAUGUAUGAGGCAGACCCCUUCUUCGGUUUUGCUGAAAGGGAGAAGGCGAGAGAGGCAGCAGCAAAGGCGCGUGAGAAGAGACAGAAGCAGCAGGAAGAGGCGCAGAAAGCCCACAACCAACAGCCAGGUGCCGCCAUGCCAAGUUCAAACGGUCCAGCACCUAGCCGGAAUUUGCUCAAGGGAUGGGAGAGAGUGCCCAAGAUCGAACUCGGGAAGAGGACACGCAAAGAGGCAGAGCGUCUCAUCCGCCGGGACGCACUCUGGAACCCGAACGGCAUCGAAAUGAAUCCGUCUACAAAGAACCGACUAGUCGAGGAGAUCGCGAACCUUGGCUUUCGGAGAAGCCACGUCGAGGAGGCCGCCGAUAUUUGCAAAGAUCGCGAGGAGAUUAUUGAAUGGCUUCUCAUUCAUGUACCUGAGGACGACCUACCAUCGUGGUCAUUACCAGAAGGCUACGUUGCUGGCGUCAGUAUGGCUAGCUCUAACCUCAAGCGUGAGGGUGCCGUGAAGCGCCUUGCUGCAGCCGGAUACUCUAUGGACCUUUGCGAAGAAGCAUACGAUAGUCAAGGCAGUGAUGAGAGAAAGGCCGCGGCUUUGCUGCAAGCUCGUCUACUCCGACCAGAUGAGGAAGAGAGUAGCCUAGUACAAGAUCUGGAAGAUCUCUCGCUGGGCAAUGGUGAGCCUGAGACGUCUCCGGAGGACGAUCCGUGGGAGGUGGAAAUGUCAUCACUUGAGGCAAUAUACGACGGUCUGUUCUCGCGCCCUGCGCCCGAAUCUUGUCGCAUCGAGCUAGACGUUAAGCAACAAGGAAAGCGGCUCAUACUACAGGUUAGGAAGCCUUUUGGUCCUUACCCCGCGGUCGUGCCUAUCAUCACGUUCGAGGCGGCCAUCCCAGCAUAUAUUCGUUUGAGCAUCAUUCGCCGAGCGCUUCUCCACGCUGAAGCCAACUUCAUUGGCAUGCCUAUGGUAUACGAUAUCGUAGACUGGAUCCAAACGAACGCCGGUGAUAUCUUCCAGAACCCAGGAAGAUUGACCGAUGUUUCCUCUGGCCUUGCAGCAGCAGAUCACUCGUCGGAACAGCAAACUCAAAAACGAAGAGCAAAGGGACGACCCAGGAGGCCUAUCGACUGGACACCCGCCACGCCUACUAGUCAAAGAAUAAUGUCUGAUUGGCAAGCUAAGCAGGGAUCUUUAGCUCAGCAAAAAAUGAUGAACGCUCGGCAGUCACUACCUGCGUGGAGGUUGAGGGAUGAAAUCGUCCGCACCGUCAACGACUGUAAGGUCACGAUCAUCUCAGGUGAGACUGGAUCAGGAAAAUCGACUCAAUCGGUGCAGUUCGUCCUCGAUGAUCUGAUACAGCGACAGCUCGGUGCUGUUGCGAACAUCAUCUGCACCCAGCCACGCAGGAUUUCUGCGCUUGGUCUUGCUGAUCGUGUGGCCGAUGAGCGAUGCUCUCAGGUCGGCGACGAGAUUGGGUACACUAUCCGCGGAGAAUCUAAACAGAAGCAAGGAGUUACUAAGAUCACGUUUGUAACGACUGGUGUACUCUUAAGACGUCUUCAAACGUCGGGUGGCAAUGCCGACGAUGUCGUUGCCGCCCUGGCCGAUGUCAGUCACGUUGUCGUCGACGAGGUUCACGAGCGUAGUUUGGACACAGACUUCUUGCUCGUUCUUUUGCGCCAGAUCUUACGAAAGCGGCAAGAUCUCAAGGUCAUCUUGAUGAGUGCCACUCUCGAUGCUGCUGUUUUCGAAGCCUACUUCAAAGAGGUUGGACCCGUAGGCCGUGUCGAGAUUGAGGGUCGCACUCAUCCCGUGACGGACUACUAUGUCGACGAUGUCGUACAUUUCACCGGGUUCAAGGGAUAUGGUAUGGGCGACGAAGAUGCUUCCGAAGACAAAUCGUUCUCAGCGAAUCUCCGGAGUAUCGGAUUCGGCAUCAACUACGACCUCAUCGCGGAGACUGUUCGUCACAUUGACCGCCAGCUCGGUACAAAGGAUGGAGGUAUACUUAUCUUCCUACCUGGUACUAUGGAGAUUGAUCGCACGCUCCAAGCGCUCAGUCAAUUCGCAAACCUCCAUGCAUUGCCUCUACAUGCAUCACUCAUGCCAGUCGAGCAAAAGCGCGUCUUCCCUCCCGCUCCCCACGGCAAGCGUAAAGUCAUCGCGUGUACCAACGUCGCAGAAACGUCGAUCACUAUCGAGGAUAUCGUCGCUGUCAUCGACACGGGCAGGGUAAAGGAGACAAGCUAUGACCCGCAAAACAACAUGGUUCGCCUUGCCGAAACCUGGGCCUCAAGGGCAGCAUGUAAACAGCGACGAGGCCGAGCGGGGCGUGUCCGAGCAGGCGACUGCUACAAGCUAUACACACGCAACGCUGAAGCUAAGAUGAUGGAGCGCCCCGAUCCGGAGAUUCGACGUGUGCCACUUGAGCAGAUGUGUCUGUCCAUAAAGGCAAUGGGGGUGCAGGACGUUACAGGCUUCCUUGCUUCAGCGCUCACACCACCAGAGAGUACAGCGGUAGAGGGUGCUAUCCAAUUGCUCUCGCAGAUGGGUGCCAUCACAGACGACGAACUCACUGCACUUGGUCGACACAUGUCUAUGAUCCCGGCAGAUCUCCGACUGGGCAAGCUUCUAGUAUAUGGCGCGACGUUUGGCUGUCUUGAAGCCGUGCUGACGAUCGCGUCUGUUCUCACGGCUCGCAGCCCUUUCAUAUCACCACGAGAGCGAGACCAGGAAACUCGAAAUGAGUUCGAUCGUCUCCGCGCUUCGUUUUCUAACAACCAGGGAGACCUACUUGUAGACCUUCGAGCAUACGAACAGUGGUCUGCAUUGCGCAGCAAAGGGACGUCAACACGAGACCUCCGCUUCUGGUGUCAAGACAACCGACUGAACCCCCAAACCAUGUUCGACAUCGCGUCCAAUCGCACCCAGUACCUGUCGUCUCUCAAGGAGAUUUCUUUCAUUCCCACACAUUACUCCUCCGCCAACCCUUCGACACACUCGUACUACAACAAACACAACGCGAACGACGCGCUCUUACGCGCUUUGAUUGCCGGAUCUUUCAACCCGCAGAUCGCACGCAUCCAGCUCCCCGACAAGAAGUUCGCAGCAGGCAUAGCUGGAGCCGUAGAACUCGAUCCUUCAGCCCGCGAAAUUAAGUACUUCAACCAAGAGAACGGACGCGUAUUCGUUCAUCCCUCUUCAACACUCUUCGCCAGCCAGACCUUUCCCCACAACGCUUCAUUCAUUGCGUACUUCAACAAGAUGGCUACAAGUAAAGUCUUCAUUAGGGACAUCACGCCGUUCAACGCAUACAGUCUGCUGUUGUUCGCUGGAGAGAUCAAGGUUGAUACGCUGGGCAGGGGCUUGGUGGUUGAUGAGUGGAUUAGGCUGAGGGGUUGGGCAAGGAUUGGUGUGUUGGUUAGUCGGCUGAGGGGUAUGUUGGAUGGCGUGCUGGAGAGCAUGGUCAAGGAACCGGGGAUGGGAGUUAGUGAUAGGCAGAAUGAGGUUAUUGAUGUCGUUAGACGGAUGGUUGAAAGGGAUGGAUUAGAUGCUUAG